AUGAAAAUAGUGAUAUCGCCACGAUUAGCUGGUUAUUUAGCAAAAAAAGGUUAUUCAAUGUUACCAUAUGAUGCUGUUAAUUAUAUAACUAAUCUUGUAAAUCAAAUAUUAGCUCGACGUCGACAGCAUUUAGAAAGACGAAAUGAUUUCAUUCAAAUUAUGGUUGAUCAUGAAGAAGAAGUAAAAGAUGAUGAACAAAUAAAUCAACAAAUAGAAAAAGCAGAACAACAAAAACAACAAUGGAGAACACUUAAAAAAACUUUGAAUGAUAAAGAAAUAUUUAGUCAAGCACUUGUCUUUUUGGUUGCUGGUUAUGAAACAACAAGCGUAUUAAUGUCAUUCUUUUUCUAUGUCAUGGCAACAGAACCAGUUAUACAAGAAAAAGUUUAUGAAGAAAUUCGACAAGAACUUGGAGAUGAUGAAGUUACUCACGAAAAACUUAGUCAACUAACCUAUUUGGAUAUGACUAUUAAUGAGACACUUCGAAUGUAUCCACCAUUCAUUAGAUUUGAUCGUGUUGCUUCAUAUGAUUACAAACUUGGUGAUUAUCCUAUACCGAAAGGUUCUCUUAUUAAUAUACCUAUUUAUCCAAUUCAUCAUGAUCCUAAUCUUUGGCCUGAACCAGAAAAAUUCAUACCUGAAAGAUUUUCAUCAACAGAGAAAGCAAAACGACAUCCAAUGGCAUUUCUUCCUUUUGGUGAUGGACCUCGUAAUUGUAUUGGAAUGCGAUUUGCUUUAUUAGAAACUAAACUUGCAAUUGCUAAAGCACUUCGUGUCGUAGAAUUUCAGAAAUGUGAAAAAACAGAAGUUCCACUUCAAUUGGGAAAGAUGGC